CUGCAGCUCCUCCCCCCGACCUGAAUGAAGACAACCUCCUCCGCUACUGCUAACCAAACUGCGGAACUACAGCAGCGACACACACGGUCAUUUGUAGCCUGAAGUUUAAGACACAGCGUGAACACGAAGGCCUUCUUCAUCGAUCACUCUUUGCAGCAGAUUACCCACCGCAGCUAAAAUAGCUAACGAGUCACAAGUGGCUAGUUAAGUUAACGUCGUUUGACAGCUAACGCUAACUAGCUAGUCUGUUUAGUAUUUGACAUCAGUUUCAAAACAAAGCCCGCAAAACGGAGAAGUUGAGAGUCAGCUGUCACCUGCAGAGAAGCUGGAGACUAAACUGAGUCUAAGUCUGUAAACCGAUAAAGAUACAUGACGCUUUUAAGAUAAUGUUUAAUACACUCGGUUAAUGCUUAAUUAAGACUACUUCGUUAGAGAAACAGGUUUUUGGUUGUAGCGAGUUUGAUCUCAUCCAGCAGCUACGCGGUUCUCUCGAUAUACAUCAGAUUUCCUUCAAACUUGGAUUUAAAUGUCCGAAAAGAGUUCAUCGUCCGGUUCGGAUGAGGAUGUGGACCCGGAGGCCGCCCAGCAUGUGGACGUCGGAGGUGUUUUAAGCAAGUGGACAAAUUACAUACACGGAUGGCAGGACCGAUGGGUUGUGUUGAAGAACAACACCCUGAGCUACUACAAGUCAGAGGACGAGCGGGAGUACGGCUGCAGGGGGUCUCUGUGCCUCAGCAAGGCUUUUAUCGCACCUCAUGAGUUUGACGAGUGUCGUUUUGACAUGAGCGUGAACGACAGUGUGUGGUACCUCCGGGCUGAGGAUCCCGAGCACAGACUGCAGUGGAUCGAGUCCAUAGAGCUGCACAAGGCCGAGUCGGGUUACGGUUCAGAAAGCAGUCUCAGGCGUCAUGGGUCCAUGUUGUCUCUCACCUCAGCAGCCAGUGCCCUGUCCGCCACGUCCACAUCCUCCUUCAAGAAGGGGCACAGGUUGCGUGAGAAGCUCGCUGAAAUGGAAACCUUCCGGGACAUUCUGUGCAGACAAGUGGACACGCUGCAGAAAUACUUUGACUCCUGUGCUGACGUUGUCUCCAAAGAUGAAUUUCAGAGAGAUAGAGAAGAAGAAGAAGAAGAAGAAGAGGAUGAAGAGGACUUUCCCAACACUACAAGAACUGAUGGUGAAUGUAAUCACAACAACAAUGGCAGCAAAGAGAAAUUGUUUCCACCUGCCAGUCCCAAAGGUAUGAAUGGAAUAGACUUCAAGGGGGAGGCCAUCACCUUCAAGGCCACCACGGCAGGCAUCCUUUCCACUCUGUCCCACUGCAUCGAGCUGAUGAUGAAGAGAGAGGACAGCUGGCAGAAGAGAGUGGACAGGGAGCUGGAGAAGAGGAAGAGGGUAGAAGAUGCCUACAAGUCUGCGGUGAAUGAGCUGAAGAAAAAGUCCCACUACGGAGGACCCGACUACGAGGAGGGGCCCAACAGUCUGAUCAAUGAGGAAGAGUUCUUCGAUGCGGUGGAAGCUGCUCUGGACAGACAGGACAAGAUAGAGGAGCAGUGCCACUCGGAGAAGGUCAGGAUACCUCGACUAAGCCCCGUUCCUCCGGGUGACGCCUACUCCACCAUCGGUACACACCGAUACGCCGUCAAGCCCCAUAGCCACUCCUCUUCCCUCUCCUCCGUUGAGCUAGUCAGUGCCUCCGAUGACAUUCACAGAUUCAGCGCUCAGGUGGAGGAGAAUGUGCAGAACCACAUGACCUACUCUCUUCAGGAUAUGGGUGGAGAUGCCAACUGGCAGCUGGUAAUAGAAGAAGGAGAGAUGAAGGUGUACAGGAGGGAAGUGGAGGAGAACGGUAUUGUGCUGGAUCCUCUCAAAGCCACGCAUUCAGUGAAGGGCGUGACGGGACACGAGGUCUGCCACUACUUCUGGGACACGGCGGUCCGAAUGGACUGGGAGACCACUAUUGAAAACUUCAACGUUGUGGAAACGCUCUCUGAUAACGCCGUCAUUGUUUACCAGACGCACAAGAGAGUGUGGCCGGCCUCUCAGAGAGACGUGCUCUAUCUGUCAGCCAUCAGGAAGAUCCUGUCGACCAAUGAGAACGACCCCGACACGUGGCUGGUGUGCAACUUCUCUGUGGACCACAACGAUGCCCAGCCCACAAACCGGUGCGUUCGUGCCAAAAUCAAUGUUGCUAUGAUCUGCCAAACGCUGGUCAGCCCACCAGAGGGGGAUAAAGAGAUCAGCAGAGACAACAUCCUUUGUAAGAUCACCUACGUUGCCAAUGUAAACCCAGGAGGCUGGGCGCCGGCCUCCGUCCUCAGAGCCGUGGCCAAGAGAGAGUAUCCCAAGUUCCUCAAACGCUUCACCUCCUACGUCCAGGAGAAAACGGCUGGGAAGCCCAUCCUCUUCUGAACGCAAUGAGGCUUGCGGAGGGCCACGUUCGCCCAGUGGAAAGACUACAUUGUUCAGUGUUGAACCGGCGCUCAAAGACUACAUGACCCAUUCACUUAUCAAUAAGAAUGUGUUAAACUACUACUCGCAGGACCCUUUAUCACCCAGGACGUCCUGCUGGACUCCUGCUUGUAGAAGAGACUGGUUCUACGGCUUUAAUCCAUCAGUAGUUGUCGUCCCGGCCACCAUGUUGUUGGGCAUCGGUACACUUGUAUGUCAAUUCAAGAAUUGCCUAAGUGGUUUUUGAGUUGUUGUUGUUACCAAUGAUUGCUUUUUUUUGUAAAUUGUUUUGUACAUUUCUUAUGAUUACCUAUUUCUUGACUUUUGUUUGGGUUUGCUUUAAUCACUAGUAUUACAGCUACUUGUGUUGCUGCUGCUAAAGUAACUACCAUGAGAGAGGAGAGUCGAUUUUGACAAGACAGCGUUGAUGAGGUGUGGUGCAGCGUCUCCUCCUCCUGCCUUCUCCUGUCCCUCUGGUGAGGACUCUCUUUGCGGUUUGAUGCUUUGAAAUCUUUAUAUUUCUAGAUUGUAAUGAAACUAGCUGUCAGAAAGCACCAGGGACACAAUGUAUUGUACAGAGAAAAUAUGUUCUCAGUUAGUCUACCAAUAUGAGAAAUGUGAAUUGACUGUUAAAUGCUUGAAUUUGAUUACAUUCAUGGGCCAAGGACACCUGAAGCUGCAGAUUAAGUCAUGUUGGACAAUAUCUUUGACACGGUUGAAGUGAUAAUCAAUAAUUGAAUAUAAGUGUAGUUGACUGUGGUCUAUAGAUGCUUAUUUGCAGCCUACUGUCAGUGUGUAUUGUCUUUAAUCCCCACAUAACACAGGUUUUGACAGUCGUUUUGCAAAAGGCCAGCCAAAGUGUCUCAUGUAAAGUUGCCUCUCUUUUAUUGAGAGAUGAGUGGAUACGUUUUAUAAACCCCUGGGUGGAUUUUUACCAAAAAAAAAAAUCAUUCAUGAGUGUUUUUAAAUUAGUCCCGCUGCUAUUGAGCAAGAUAAGGUAACUUUGUAAUAUGUUGAGUAGGAUAUCAUCUACACCCCAGACUCCUAGUCAUACUCACAUUUCACAUGCCACACUACAGUGCAGUGGCCUCUUGCCCUUUGACUGAUAAACUACCCCCAGAAUGCCUUGGACACCAGGAUGGAAAUCCAGGUUAUAUUUACUGUACAUCCACCAGAUGUGCAUUUAUCAACACUGAAAUGAAGCGGGGGGGGGAGGGUCAGCAUUUCACAUCAUCUUACCUCAAGAUUUAAAUUGACUUUAGAUUGUAUUUGAUGACAAAAAGUUGGGAGUUUUGCAAUCACAAAGGGGUCAGAAUUAAGGAAGGAUCUGGAUUAUUGUUUUGCUGAUGAUUACAAGAGCCACGAGCAAUGUCAGCCGAAGAAUGCGUUUAGCGUUUUUAAUAUUUUGUAUAUUUCUAAGUUGUACAUCAGAAGUGUUAUUAUUUGCACUAAAUGUAAUGCAAUUUGACAAUGUUCUGUAAAUUAAAAUGGUUACACAACAGAA